AUGCGUGGUCGGGGAAUCGAACCCCGGCCCUUCGCGUGGCAGGCGAAGAUUAUACCACUUAACCAACCACGCUUCGGUAUUAAUUUAAUCACUAACACAUUGACAGAGUCAAACAUUAUACAAGAUGACCUGAUGAUAAAAGAAAAAUCAUUGUUACUGCACGUUUCAUCAUGCUAUAACGGUGCUUUGACCGAUUGGAUCGGUGAAAGGAGAGACAUUAUUCAUUUAGUAAGCUUCACGAUUACUCUGGCUUUUUACCUAAUAUCGACCACAUUUGAAGGCAUAUAUGCAAUCACCGUGAAGCUAUCAGUGUAGCAAAGGUUCUCUUUUCUCCCUUUUUUUUCCUCUAUCAUAGAAAAGAGAAUGGCGCUUCAACUAUAGGAUUGAUAAUCGUCUUGUAAGCAU